AUGGAAAGCACAAAAAUAUUGGAAGUAGCAGGCGGUGAUCAGUGGCCAGAUCAAAAACGUGAUAUUAAGAAUAAAGGAACAAUAAUCAGCUCACUGGAUGAUCUAAAAAUGAUUUUCCACAAUCUAUUAUAUCCGAAAGACAAUAAAGCAGUUGAUCAGGCAUUCCAACAGCUAGAACAGAAGACACAUUUGGAAAGAGAAAAGAUAGCUUAUGCUGUCAUUGCUCUUGCUGGAUUAUAUAUGGUCUUUGGAGCAUUUGCUAGAUUGGUGUGUAAUUUUAUUGGUUUCGCAUAUCCAGCAUAUGCUUCUGUCAAGGCCAUUCGAACUGCUCAAAAAGAUGAUGAUACUCACUGGCUUAUUUAUUGGACAGUAUUCUCAGCUUUUUCAUUGAUUGAUUUCUUUGCAGAAUUAAUAUUGUGCUAUUUUCCUGUUUAUUGGAUCAUCAAGGCAUUAUUCAUGCUUUACCUGUAUCUGCCGCAGACCUAUGGUGCGAUAGUUUUGUACAAUCGAUUUUUGGAUCCAGCGAUUACAAAAGUGGAUGCUUUGCUAAAGCAGUAUAUGACAGAGAAAAAAGAAUAA